AUGCCCAAGGUCCGAACAGGAUGUUCCACCUGCAAGAUCCGUCGAGUGAAAUGCGACGAGGAACAGCCAAAAUGCCGGAGAUGUGUAUCUACCGGCCGUACCUGUCCAGGGUAUCCGGGAAAGCCAUCGGCGACCACAAUCGAAAUAUACAACCUUCCUUUCAAGGUCCCAGGAAGCCGUACAGACCGAGAGAUGUUGCACUUUUACCACAGCCAUGUGGCUGAGAGUAUCUCCAAGCUAUCCGACUCGUCGAUCUGGUUAGAGCUCAUUAUGCGGCAAAGCCAGUACCACUCGGUUGUUCGCAAUGCCUUGGUCUCUCUUAGUUCUGUGUACAAGGACUAUUCACAACUGCGACCAUCGACAAAAGGCACAUCAACCGGUUAUCUCGAAAUUAUCAACAAGGCACACAAACAGUUGAAACUACAUCUUUCAUCACGCGGCGCAUCAGUCAUGGCCGCGCUGAUUUGCAGUCUCAUCUUUUAUAUUCUCGAAUGUCUCGUUGGAAAUACAGCACAUGCGAUGUUGCAUCUGGAUCAAGGAUUGAUUCUUCUGCAGCGUUAUCGAGAUGAAUCUUUGGGCCUUGAUUUCGUCCCAGGAUUUGAUCAGUUAUUGGCUGUUUUUUCCCGACUUGACAUCCAUGCCAGUGUCUUCGAUGACGAGCGACGUCCAAUUUUACGAUUAUCUCCACCAGCAGAUCAUACCCCAUUACCCGAAGUCUUCAAUCUAGCACCAGUCAGCCCCAGAGACCUUGCUGGCACCGAGAGAGAACUGACUAUGCUCCAAAACUCAGUGAUGCACCAUCUUAUAUCACAUGCCGAAUACAACCAAAAACCGCGAGAUCAUGUCCCUCCAUGGAUGAUUGACGAGAGUCAUUACCUCGAGCAAGAAAUGCAAAGAUUUGAAUUAGAUCUUGAGAAUUUGGUUUUCUCUCCGUUGGCAGACCCUUACAGCCAGCUGCAGCAACGAAAGACCCUCAUACAAGUGGAAGCAUCGGUAUUCCAUGGCGCGUUAUUAGAGGUAAUCGACUCUUCAAAGGAAAAAGCAGCUAGCUCGACAGCAGCCGAUCGCAGAUUUAAUCUUGCCCUUUCGCGAAUACGCACCCUACUGCCAUCUCGUCCCAAAUCUACCAGCGAUUACCCGACUCGGGAGUUCACAUUGUCUACGAACCUCAUUGCAAUAUUGUACUACAUCUGCAUGAAGAGUGCAAGCCGUGAGAUAGUGGAGUCUGCACUUUCGAUAAUGCAGGACAGUCUAUCUUCUACGCAUGAUGGUCUUUGGGAUGCCAGUAUGGCUGUUGUUGUUGUCCAAUCACUUCUUUUACAAAAGGAAUAUCCCAAAUGUGAUCCAAAGGAAACUAGACUGGAAGAUUUGGGGUCAGGGAUAGUGGAUACAAGUGGUGGAUUGGAGGAGGCUUUCAGAAAACUCUCGUUAAAGAACCCUGGAAUUGAACCCGCAGAUGCAGCUUGUCUUCAGUUCAUCGGAUGA